AUGUUCAUAAACACCACGAAACCUAAAACGGUGGUCCCCGGUUUUGCUCAUUUGCCCAUCCGUUCAUCUGCUGCUACAUUACUUCCCUGCUUCCACGCCGGCCACCACCCGACGGUUUGCUCACUAUCACAGGCUGCUCUACUUGACGCUGAGAGAACUGUGCAGGUUGCCUUGGGAAAGGCUUCAAUGGUUGAUGAUCUUCAGAAUAAGAAUCAGGAGUUGAUGAAGCAGAUAGAAAUUUGCCAGGUUUUACUCAAGAUGCUUCCUAGCUAUUACAAACAUGUGCAUGCGCAUGAUAACACCUUGAUCACCAAAUUUUAUGGCCUCCAUCAGAUAACACUAAGAGUUGGCAAGAAAAUUUAUGUCUUCUCUGGUAUGCUAUCCAACUUCAGGAAGAUCACCUUAUCAACCAAGUCUUUUCAAGAUUUGGUGAAAGACCUCAAGAACAUGUUUCCUCUCUAA